AUGGCUCCGAAGAAGAAGCCUGCCACGCUGCAGAAGAAACCUGCAUGUGCAGGGGUGCAGCAGAAGCCCGCCGCUGCAGAAGCUGCAGCACCGCAGGCCCGCCAAAGUGUUACCACAGCCUUGUCCGAUUUGUCUGUGACGCCACCGGAGCCGAAUGAUCAGUGGCAGCACAUGCUUACUGGACGUGCAGACUUUGGCCUUCCCAGGCCCUUGGUAGUGGGGUUGCCAUGUGCAGGUAUAGAUGCUGCAGGGCCUGCAAUGAAGCAUUUGGCUGGGCUUGGUCUGCGGUUUGCCACCAACAAUGUCUAUGAUCUCGAAGACAGAUAUCGUGAUCAUUUGGAAACACAUCUGGGCCCUCACAUGGCAACGGGUUCUGUGCUUCACUUGGGGUCCAAGGAUGGCAAUAUCCUUGACGUCUCGCCGGCUCAGAUAGAGCGACCUUGCGAUGUGGUGAUCAGCGGGCCGCCGUGCCCGCCAUGGGCGGGCAACGGCUCCAAGAAGGGCCAGGAAGAUGCCAGAUCUCACGUCUUCGUGAAGAUCCUUCAGAUAUGCAUUUUGCUCAUCAAGUGCAAUGAGCUGAAGGUGUGCGUCUUGGAGAAUGUCAAGGGCGUGCUGCAUGCACCGAAGGGGCAAACCUCCUUUAUGGAGAAGCUUCUGAAAGUACUGUCGAAGGAGGCCCCGGAGUUUCUGUGGAGCUACACUGUUCUGAGCGCGGAAGCUUAUGGGCUUCCUCAGCAAAGGACACGAGUUUUCCUUCGUGGCUUGAGGGCCUGCUUCGGGCCCAUUCCGGACGCAUGGCCAGGAACAGGGCGGCGAGACUUGAGGGAGUUCCUCGCUCCGGGUCUUGCGUGCGUGGAUGAAGAGAACUUGACGGACAAUAUGCGUCGUAAUUUGCAGGCUGCGGAAACCAGGUUGGUGAAGAUGGUGACAGAAGGCAAAGUGGUUCCUACAGACAUCAUCGUGCUGCCAUUGGACCGAUCGGAACAUGGUGUGUUCAACGUGCAUGUUUGCAUCAAUGUAACACCCACGCUCCUGACGGGCAACCGAUACUUAUUCUGCAUGUCUUGUGACAUUGAGAAGCCGCGGCAGCACCGCGAGUUUUGCCGAUUCCUUCAUCCGAGUGAACGUAUGACGCUGCAGGGAUUUCCGAGCACAUUGAUGCAAGACGCCCCUGCAACCGUGAGGGUUCCAUUGAUCCUUGCCGUCCUUGCUCCGUGCGUGGAGCAGCUCGCACACGGGGAUUUGACGACUGCUUCCCUGCAGCCAAUCCACCAGGGUGAGGCCGCAGCCCUUCGCUUUGGAGACUGCAUGGCACAGAUGGCUCAUGAAGAAGCAGCUGUGUCUUCAGGGAUGAAGAGGCCGGCAGCUGCUAUUGCCGCAGCUGGGGCGGCGAAGCUUCGUGGCAUGAUGAGUUCAAGCGGCUUGUCCCUGGCAAAGGAUUGCCCUUGCAAGAAGUUGCGUGCCAUGGCGGAGGAUCGCUUCCAGCAGAUGCUGCAGUUCUUGAAGACAUUGCAAGCAUCGUUGCCCGCCAACUCGCCGCAAGAAGCAUUGCAGCAGACGCAUGGCAGGAUGAUCGACGGCUGUCUCCGGGAUUUAUCCCAAGGCCCAGGCAUAACAAUGCCUAAAGCCACCGACAUGCUGCAGCAAUUGCAAGCUUCAUCUUUGCCUGACGAGAUGAAGGCCAGAAUUGUGGAAACAAUUCAGGCCAAGGUCUCUUCGCCAGAUGAUGCGACGCCGCCUGAGAAGUGUAAGCGGCAGACUGCGGAGACGCAGCGUUGCCGCUACAUGUACAACUUCUUCACUGCGGAAGACUGGGAGACCUUCCUGGGAACAGGAAGCUUCGACGUGAAGAUGCACACUUGUGCCAGACGUUUGAGUUUGUUGGGUCUGACAAACCCAACCGAGCCUACAUCGGUGAUGGGUUUGGCCAUCUUGCUGCUGAGCAGCCACAAAGGGAGUGCUGCUGACUUGACACUGCAGCCCGGCCAAACCAUGAAGAAACUUGAAGAUCUCAAGUCUGCGAUCAAGAGAUGUGCGAAGCGGUCUGCCCACUCAGGGCUUGCGAUCUACCCGGAAACUCCGCAGGAGCUUGCGGAGCCUCUUUUCCGCAAAACCUACCGAGAGGCGGAGCCUGUGCCGUGCAAGCUUCAAGUAGAAGAUGUUGUGAUGUUGGCGGACACGCUGCCAGCUCGAAAGUCCCACGGGUCGGUGAACAUGGCUCGUGGCCGCCGCGACGGCCCUUUCAAGCAGGACCUGCCCCUACAGAACUUGAUGGCGAUGGGGAGAAUGCUGCUGCAUCAACAGCAGAUGGCAAUGGAUUCCUAUGGGCAGUCUGGCUGCGACUUCACCUAUCUGCAGCCACGCAAGAAGGCAAAGCUGCAGCUGGAAGAUGCAGCUGAGCAAUCGCCAGCGAGGUUGGCCUUGCCACCCCCGCAGGAAGCAUCCGCCAAGGGACUGGCGGAGGAGGCCGACGCUGCAGAUGAGGCCAAGCCAUCCCUGCCAGCUUCUGGCAGCAAGACUGCUGUGCAGCGGCUUGCUUUGCCGCCGCCGCAGGAAGAAGUGGACAUUGAUGGUAUGGCGGCAGAAGUGCAGCAGCACUUGGCUGACAAGAAAGCAGGAGCCGUCACGCGGAAGGACUUGCCAGCGGAUGACAAGAAGCCUCCUGCAAAAGCCAAGGCCAAAGCGAAAGCCAAGGCAAAGGCUUCCGCUUCGUCAAAGUCCAAGGUGGACGUUGCCAAGAUGCUGCCGACGAAAGGAACGACUUCCCCAAAGCAGCCGGUACAAGUGGGCUGUGUGAGGGUGUUCACCUGCUGCAACAGCUCCAACUGGAGGGUCAAGGUCGUGGGGGAAAAGAAGGACAAGGCCUUCUCUUGGAAGGUGGACAAGGACGCGGAGAACACCACCGGUGACAAUGGGGGCCCAGGACCUCAGCAGGCGCCAUUCGUGUGCUACCACGACAAGAUCCCCGAGGACUACGAGCACGUGAAUGGUUUCGCCCAGGGCCCCGAGACCGAGAGCGCCACCGAGGCAGCAUUGAGCAUCAUGGGUGCUGGUGCUGGCCUCACUACUCAGGAGGCAGUGAGCCAAGGACUGUGCGUCGUUGAUGGCGGAGCGACACAAACAGUCGGCAGCGUGGCAGCAGUGGAGGCGAUCUUGGCGAUGAAUAAGAAGAAGCAUGGCAGCAAUCGCCUGACGGCAGUGAACACCUCAGAUCCUCCAACAUUUUCCUUUGGAAAUUCGACAGAAAACAAAUGCCUCAGCACAGCUUCCUUGAAGGUAUCGGCCGGAGGAAAUCCCGGCGAGCUGAGGAUCCACACGUUAGACCAUGGGCAAAGCCCAGUUUUGCUGAGUGUGGAGGCGCUCCGGAAUUUAGGAGCCAUCAUAGAUUUCAAGGCCGACUUGGUAGCCUUUCGCCAUCUUGAUGUGAACCGUAUCAUUCCCCUAGGCCGUAGCAAGACGGGUCAUCAGUUGCUGCCGCUGACUGACGACUGGAUGGCAAAUGCUUGUGCUACCACGAGGCCAGUUCCGAGCCUCACCGAAUUCCUGAGGGAACUGAAGUGGUUAGUGAGGGUUAUGGUGAGGGUGCCGUUGAUUAUGAACCUUCGGAUGUACCAGUGGGAACCAGAGGAUGGCAAGAUGAGCAUGUUCCGGAUUGCAGCGAUCCUGGCUCUGAAACAAGCUGUCCUGCAGGACCUCCCAAUCUUUCGUGCUGCCAUGGACAAAUUGACCAAGCCGGAGCUGAUUCUCCACCUCCGUGCCCUGGGCGAGACACCGCCCGAGGAGUGGACCCGUCUAGAACUUCGCCAGCGUCUGUCGGACCUAGCGGAGCAAGGCGAGGUGGCCAUCGAGACCUCCAAGACGAUGAAGACUCCGUUGCAGAACGCGGUGGCCGAGCUCAACCGCGCCAGCAGUCGCAAGGCAACGCUGGUGAACUACGUGCAAGAGACCUACGGCAUGAAGGUGGGAACCAACGACACCAUUGCUAUCAUCCAAAAGAAUUGCAUGUCGCACAUGAUCCGCACCAUCGAGGGGCACGACAACGAUCGCAUGGGGUUUGGGAAACACUCCCAGAAGACCUACCUCGAGGUUUUGGAGACCGACGAGAACUAUUGUCAGUGGGCCAAGCAGACAGCUACCGAGACCGGCUGCUCGAUCUACCUCCAGCGGUUCGUGACGUGGAUGAACAAUCGGGCAACUACGGAGGUCAAGAAGAAGUUGGUCAUCGCCAAGAAGAAGACUUCGAAGAUGGGCGAGGGCUAUCCGGAGAUCACGCCCAAGGCCAAGGCGAUCAUCCCAAAACAUCAACCUUCCACGACGGCGAGUGCGAGCUCUACGGAUGUUGCGGUGGCUCAGCUGGCCCAGAUGGUGGCGACACUGACCGAAGAGGUGAAGUCGCUCAAGGAGGGCCAGCCCGAGAAGCCCCGCAAGGUGACGGUGCGCGAUCAGGACAUGCCGAACCAGGAUGAUACUAUCACACCACAAGAAGCUCUUGCGGAAGCAGUGGUGGUUUUCAACCAAAAGGAUCUGAUCCGUGGAUUCUCCCCGGCUCAGCACGUUCUGGGACAGGCGCCGGACAAUGCCGGGCGCUUCCAAUCGGGAUGUCAACAGGUGCCCCCAGGGCUGUUAGUGGAGGAUCCUGCGGGCGACUUCGAGAGAUCAGUCCAGAGACGUCUGGAGGCAGAAAAAUGUCUCCUGGAAUGGCAGGCCCGACAACGCCUGUCUCGGGCAACCAACUCGAAGCACAGGCCCUGCUACGACUACGUGCCCGGCGAGCUCGUCUACUACUGGAGGACUCAGGACUCCAAUAAGGGACGAAGACAGCCGGGUGGGAAGCAUGGUCGGUUCUUGGGCCCAGCCAGAGUAUUGGCUACAGAAUCACGCCGUGAUCCAUCAGGAGAUAUUUUACGGGGAGGAGCCAUUUGGUUGGUUAAGGGUCGUAGUCUCUUGAAGUGCAGCCCAGAGCAAUUGCGACGAGCCUCAGAACGCGAGGAAAUGAUCGAGACACUUGCCGCCAAGGAGGGGCAAGCUACACCUUGGACAUUUCAUUCUGUGGCAGCCAGCAUCGGAGGCAAUCGCUUUGAGGAUCUUACAGGAGACCUUCCCGAUCUCCGAGAGUGGAGGCGAGCGCAGGACUGCCAACCUCUCAAGGAGAGGAAGAUCCCGAGUUACUCCCAGAACAAGGCGGCCGCCGUCGCACUGGAGAUCAGCUUUCCGGACACCCAGAGAGGUAUAAAGAAGGCUUUUCAGGAUCUUCCAGCCUAUUUCGUGGGUAGCUUGAAACGACGCGCAAUUGAGCUUUCAGAAAAGAGAAUGACGCCAGAGGAACGUGAUGCUUUUAACAGCGCCAAGGCCGUGGAGGUCCAAAACUUUGUGGCUUCAAAAGCUUUCGAGGCUCUUCCAGACCACUUGAAACCAGAUGCUUCACAGGCCAUUGGGAUGCGUUGGAUACUUACAUGGAAGCUGAAAGAAGACGGCAGCCGAAAGGCUAAGGCCAGAGCAGUGCUUUUGGGAUAUCAAGACGGAGCUUAUGAACAUCGUGCUACCACAAGCCCUGUCAUGACUCGACAAACCAGACAGUUACUGCUACAACUUUCAGCUUGGAAGCGAUGGCGAGUGCAGAAAGGAGACGUCACAGGAGCUUUUCUUCAGAGUCGCCAGUAUCCAGACGAGUUGUUUUGCAUUCCGUGUCCAGAGAUCUGCCGUGCAUUAGACCUGCCGGAGGGCUCGGUAACUCGAGUCAAGAAAGCAUGCUACGGAUUGGUGGACGCGCCACUGGAGUGGUAUCGUUCAAAAACGGGGAACUCAGGGGAAUCGUCAGUGGCCAUGUGGAUGAUUUCCUGUUUGGCGGAAAAGAUGGGGAUCCUUUGUGGGAGGGAGGCUACGGUCCAGGCCAUCAAGGAUAGGUUUAAAUGGGGGGACUGGGAACAAAACAAGUUUACUCAGUGUGGUGUUGUUGUUGAGCAAACCUCUAGUGGCUUUGAGCUUUCCCAACCGCACUACCUUGAUAGUUUGCACGAGAUAGGAGUGAACGCCUCCCGAAAGAAAGACAAAUCCCAGCCCACAACCGACAAGGAGAAAAGCCAAUUGCGAGCACUCCUAGGAGGAAUCAGUUGGCACGCCCAACAGGUCGCGCCUUACCUGGCGGCAGAAGUAGGGUUGCUCCUAACCGAGGUUACGAGGAGCAGCGUGGACACGAUCAUCCGGGCCAACAUGUUGCUGGCCGCCGCAAAGAGCAAGCAGCACUACCGCAUGAAGAUCCAUGCCUUCGAUGAGGACCAGGAGUUGGUGCUCAUCGCGUGGGUCGACGCGGCGAAUGGCAACAGGAUGGAUGGAGGAUCCACCCAAGGGAUUCUGCUGGGAAUGAGCACGUCAGACAUGUUCAAGGGCAGUGUGCAGCCCGUCAGUCCAGUGGGCUGGCACUCGCAGCGGAUUGACAGGACCUGCCGGUCCCCAGGGGCCGCGGAGGCCCAAGCGGCCGUGAAUGGAGAAGACCACCUACAUGCUGCGCGAUACCAGUGGAGCGAGAUCUUGUACGGCGGGGUGAACCUGUCUGCCCCUGAUGAGACAGUCCGUAAGACCCAAGGGUGCGUGGUGACGGACAGCCGGAACGUCUACGAUAAGUUGGAGACAGAGGUCAUGGUCAUCAAGGGCGCGGAGAAGCGGACAAGCCUGGAACUCCUAUCUUUGAAGGAGGCCCAGGCCAACACGAAUGUGUGCAUCAGAUGGGUGCAUAGCGAGGCGCAGUUGGCCAACACCUUGACGAAGAGCAGAGGAGGCCGAGAGUACGACCUCUUUGACAAGAUGGGCCACACCUGGCGCUUGGUGGAGGAUGAGAAGAUGAUGUCAGCUAGACGACGGAAGGAGCUCGGGCUCCGUCCUCUAGAGAACACUGGGAAAUCCGAAGUUUCAUACGAGGGUGAAGCGUGA